AUGCCAGCUGGAGAUACACCUACUACCACAACAUCUCACAAAACAAGAAACAAACCAUCUUUAUCUUGUACUAAUUGUAGAAAAAGAAAAACAAAAUGUGAUAGAAAACAACCUUGUUCCUCAUGUGUUAAGAAAAUAAAUUUAGCUUAUUCAUGUGUUUACGAUCACGUUCCUAACCUUAAAAACCAUCCUAGUCAACUUCAAAAUACUCCUGAUCCUGAUUAUUCAUUUUCACCUAUAGUCCCACCUCAUAGUGCCACGAUUCAAACAACAUCUACGACAAAUACUCCAAAUAUUCAUACAGCUACUUCUUUUGCAAAUUCAAUUUCAUCCCCUAUUGAACCACUACGAAAAAGACAUCGACUGUUAAAUUAUAAUAUCAUAGAAUCAGAUAAUCCCGCUUAUGAAGAAAUACUUAGACUACGAAAGAAAAUAGCUGAAUUGGAAGAAACUCUACUGACACAAAAUACACCGAAUGGAACUCCAAUAACAAAUGGGAAUAACAACUCAGCAAAACAAAUCAAAAAUGAUAUCUAUAAAGAAAUAUUGUCCCCUACAGGUCCAAGUUGUCCAAAUCCAAUAGUUGAUGAUGAUGACGUUAUGAAUUUUUAUGAUGGUUAUACACCAAUACAGAUUAAACGUAAUAUUAGAAGAGUUAAUUAUGGUCCAUUAUCUUGGAUUGCUUUGAUGAAAAAAGAUCCUGCUUUAUGUUUGGCUUGGAAAGCAUUACUUAGUAAAGGUUCCUAUUGUAUUAUUACUAAUAAAUGGCCACAACUAAAUUCAGAAAAUAUUGCUUUAUUAAAUACUCCUCAAAGUUUAAGUGAAGAAAAUAAUUCAAAUUACAUGGAUAAAAUCUUCAAGAAAAGAGUAUUGGAAUUUGAAGGUUAUGAUGAAGUUGUUCCUUAUAAAUCAAUGGUUAAAAAAGGUGAGGCUGAUGAAGAAGUUGAAGAUGAAUCAACUAAAUCAACUACUCCUAAUAAAAAUGGGCCAGUUUUAAAUUUCACACAAAUUACUUUAGCUAAAUCGAUAUUCGACGGACGAAUCAAUCCAGAAUUACAUUUGAUUAAUAAAAUUAAACAAAUAAUACCCAGAAAGAAAGUAUUUUGGACUUUAAUGGAUAGAUUUUUCACCGAUGUAUACCCAUAUUUCCCAUUUGUUGAUGAAGAAUUAUUCAAAAAAGAAUUACUGAGAAUUGUUGGACCAAAAAGUUAUGAUGAUGUUCCAUUUGAUAGCAUUAGAAUUGAAAAGAAAUUAGAUUUAGCAAAUAUUGCCAUUUGUUUUAUUUUAUUAAGAUUGACAUAUUUAUCAUUUUUCAACAAUAGAAAUUGUAUCAAUGAAUAUAUCAUGAAUUCAGAAGAAGAUUCUGUGGCUAAAUUCAUCAUGCUGAAUCCAAUCAAUUUAUCCGCUAUUGAAGUGGCAGAAUCAUGUAUUCAAUGUUUCCAAUUCACUAGAAAAUCCAACAUGACUGUGUUUCAAGCCAUGUUGUAUAUGAGAAUUUAUAGAAAUCAUGCACCAGAAGAAAGUGAUGGUAUUGACGGGGGUGAUUCUCAAGUGGGUACUGCCUUGUUGGUACAAAUGGCUUAUUCUUUAGGUCUUAAUCGUGAACCAGAUAAAUUGGAUGUUUGUAAUGAUGAAAGAAUCAAUCAUUUGGGUAGAAAAAUGUGGAAUUUUUUGAUGAGAUCUGAUUUAACUCAAUGUUAUACAUUAGGUAAUCCAACUAGUAUUGAUGCUAGACAUUAUGAUGUUAGACCUCCAUUUGUUCAUGACAGCAAUGCUAGUAUUGAAGAUCGAGAAAUGGAAAUUGCUAUUGUUGAUACAUUUGUAUACUUGAAUUCUGAAUUGGAUUCCAUGAGAAAGAUGUUGGAUUAUGUUUUGGAUAUUAAUAACUAUGCCAAAGUCAAUGAUAUUACUAGAGAUUUACAUGAAUUUGAAGUUAUCUUACAUGAUUUUUUCAAUGUUAUUGGUAAUCCAGAUGCUUGUAAAGUUAGAACUGACAGAGAAAGUAUCAUUCAGUAUUAUCAUGUUGUUAAAUUAAGAAUCUUUUUAUCGAUGAAAACCGCUUUGACUUCACUUUAUUAUCAUGUUUAUUUACAUUAUGAGAAGAAUUUUAAUAGUGAAUUGUCAUUUUUCUAUCUUUUGAAAAUGUAUUAUAUCAUUAGAGAAGACUUGAUUCCUGCAAUUGGCCAUACAUUAUUAGGAAGAUACAGUUCAAGAGGGUUGUUUCUUAAUCCAAACAUGCAAUUGGCAUUACAUAAAAUCAAUCAAAUUAAUUUAUCAUGUAUAAUCAGAGUCAGUUAUUUAGCAAGAAUGUUUGAAAUUAAUCCCGAUCAUCAAACCAAAAUGCAAACAGAUAAAGUGUAUGCUGAACAUUUUGAAAAAUUGAAUAGUUUACUUAAGAAUAUUCGAAAAACUGGUGAUUUGGUAAGAAUUAUCAUGGAAAGAUUGGGUACCAAGUAUUAUUAUUCCUGGAGAAUAGCUAAAGCUCAUAGAGGUUUGUUUGAUGUUUUAAGUGAACCAGAAAAUUAUGAUAAAUAUCUUGGUGGAAUUAAGAAAAUCAAAGCAUUUCAAUUCACUCCUAAACAAUUGAAUGAAUUGGAUCAACUGAUUAGAAUGUUGGGUAAAUGUGCUGAAAAAUUGGUUACAUUUGAAGAUCGUGUUGAUGUUCCUAUUAAUUUCGACAUGCCUAUGAAAGAAAAGAAAGAUAACCAGCAAUUCACUGUUCCAACAAUAAAUGGUAAUCCAUCUAAUGUUGUCAAUAAUUUGCAUCAAAACACAACAGCUACUACAUGUACCAAUGCCAACACUGCUGUUCAUACCACAAAUGUUAAUAACAAUCCAGGAACACCGUCCAUCAUCACACCAUUUUCAUCUAUUGGAUCACCAAGAAUGGAAACUGAAAGCACCAGUAAUUAUGUUGAUCAAAUGUGGUUACUGAUGAUGGCCAUGAAAUAUGAUCCAAACUUGGAUAGUGCUAUUCCAGAUCUGAAUAAUUCAUGUGAUAAUGAAAGUUGUCCAGUUGAUUUGAAUACUCGUGAUAAUGGAGAAAUUAUCAAUACAAACACCACUGGUGUUGUAAAGAACCCAUUAUUGCAACAACAAGAACAACUUACAGCACAACAACAAUUCUUGCAACAACAAUUUUCUAGACAAAUGCAAACGGCUCAAGAAAAUGGAACUGGUGGGUUUUACCUUGAUUCUGAAUUUGAUAUCAUGGGUGAUUACUUUUUUGAAUAA